GGCAGCAGAAAGAGGAGUGAGGAUACAGAGAAGAAAGAACAGGGGAAGAGGAGUGCGGAUGCAGAAUAAAGACAAGUCUGGCAACAGGAAACAAAAUCCAACAGAAGAGCAGUGCUGAUGCAGAGGGAAAAGGAGUGAGGAUGAUGCAGGGGAAUAAGAACAGGAGAAGAGUGAGAAUGCAGAGGAAAGAGCAGGGAGGAUGGAAAAGAAGGGAGAGCCUAAGAGGUGGGCAGAUGGAAAAAGAGUGCGGGAAGAAAGAAGAGCAGAAGAGUAGAGCCAAUGCAGAAGAAAGAGGAGUGAGGAAGCAGGGAAACAUACAGCAGAAGAGAAAAGCAGAUGCAGGUGAAAGAGCAGUGGUGAGAUGCAAUGGAAACCAUCAGAAGAGUGAGGAUACAAGGAGGAAAGAACAGCAGAAGAGGAGCACAGCUGCACGAGAAUGAGCAGUGAGAAUACAGGGAAGAUAGAGGAGGAGGAGAGCAGAUGCAGAAGAAAAGAGACGUCACGUUACAGGGAAGAAAAGUAGGGCAGACAAAGUACGGAGAGGAAGCAGGGGAAAAAAAACGCCGAAGAGCAAGGAUAGAGAUGAAAGAGCAGUGAGGAUACACAGAGGAUAGAAUAGCAGAAGAGAAGCAGAAGAGAAAAAACAGGAAAAGAGUGAGAAUGCAGACGGAAAAGCAGGGAGAAUACAGGGAAGAACCAAGAGCCUAAAAGAAGUGCAAAUGCAAAAGCAAGCGAGGCUACAGGGAAGAAAGGACAGCAGAAGGGGAAUACAGGUGCAGAUCCCCCAAACAAAGCACUCCCUGCCCGCUAGGGUUGCGGGUGCGACGCAGUCACCACAAUGACGUCGAGGAUCAAUGCCGGGUAAUUCAGUGAGCGUUCCAACAAAGAAUCAAGGAAAAAAACUGCCAGGCAAAGGAAAGAAACCUUCUGGCAACAGGUCUUCAACGUUACGCGUAGAGUCCUUUGGAACAGGAGUUGUUUCUGUGUCAACAACUUGAAGAUCAAUUCAGGCAACGGCUACUAAAGAAAAACGAGUCACAUAACAUGGAGAGCAAAGAAGAGAAGAGAGAGGAAACAGAGAGGUGCCAGCACUGCCACCCGGGGUGGGCAGCAGGCUGCUGGUGCCAGCGUCAUCAUGGGCGGCGGCCAGCACUGGCCACGCUGUCACUGCGUCGCCGUGGCGACGUUUGUGACACGGCCACCCGGGAGGGGUAUGAAGGCGGUGCACGCUGGUGGGUCCUGCAUCCUGAAGGAGCAUCUGGUAGAGAGCAGACGCACCUGAAGGGAUGAGCUCCGGCAUGGCUGGCGCCAACAAGGAGCAACCCGCUGGCACGAGGCGGAACAGGAUGAGCUUCUGCGAGGAUGGCCCCGCAGCGAGGCGUGCCUCCGGACCCACAUGCACCGACACCGAAGGUACACGGCUCCACAGCCACCACAGGAGCGCUGCUGCAGCCAAUCUUGGCACGCAGACGACACUUUCCAUCUGCCACCUCACUCCCGCCUGGCAGCGGGAGGGCUGCCGGGAAGCGGCAGGUGCAGAGUGUGACCUGCUUUUCCUUUGCCCUCCAGAGCGAGUUGCCGUCUGGGAUGCGGUGGCCGCCUACGUACAAGAGCACCUCCUGGUGCAGAAGGGGGUCUGGAUUCCCACCUUCGGAUCCUUUGACACCAUCUCCAGAGACAUCAGGACUGAGGACGGGACCGUGACUCUGCGAUGGCCCGUCUUUCACUUGUCUGGAAACCUCAUAGCCGUGCACCACCUCAAGCCCCGCAGGGAGUCCCUGCCAGCCCAUAGGAAGCUGGAGCCGCUCAAGAGCAGCGAGGUGGCCGCAGCUGCCUCUGUGACCUGGCAGACAGCGCAGGCUUGCAUCCAAAGCACCGUGUCCCUGCUCUCUGGCUGCCUGAAGAAUGGGGAGAACGUUGCCGUUGUCUUCAAGGACAUUGGAGUGCUCCACAUUGAUGGACUGACCUUCCACAUGAAAUUCUAUUACGACUUCCUUGACAAGCUGUCAGGGAAAGAGAAGUUCAGGAAAGCUCUUCUCAAGGCCCCCUGGCUGCUGGACAUGGUGGUGUCCCGAGCGGCACCGGUGGCCACCCUGGCACUCUCUGGCUGCCUCGUCGUCUUUCCCAAGUGAGUAUGUUGGGGGCUGUAGCUGCUGCUUGCUGCA